UGUGUGUGUGUGUGUGUGUGUUUGUAUGCGCGUACGUGUAUGUGUGUGUGUGUCCUCCCCGGCCGCAUGAGAUGAGCUGCCUGCAGUCUUUGCGGCCACUGUUUUCGCCUCCUCCUCCUCCAUCUCUUCUUCUUGCCUCUGUCUAUCUGUCCAGUCCGGGAAUGUUGACCACCGUGUCCUGAUCCAACGCCGCCGACUGUCCCUUCAUCUCUUCACUGCUUGUUUGUCUCUGCGGGUCGCAGCCUGCCUCAACUGGCUGGAAGGUUCUGCUCCAUCUUGCAUCAAAACUGAUCCAGCCGAGCAAAUUGUCCAGAAGAGCCGAGACACACAAAACAUGGCUGUGGCCGGAUGUCCGGAUUAUUUCCUGCAUCAUCCAAAUUAUCAGCAGGACAAUAUUGACCGGUCCUCCAAUCACAGACAGGCUGACCUCAUUGGUCCGAGCUUCCAGCAGUCAGCCAAUCGGAGUUCUCCUAACCAUCAAGAGGAUGAUGUCGAUCUAGAGGCCCUGGUGAAUGAUAUGAACUCCUCUCUGGAGAGUCUGUACUCCACCUGCAGUGGUCAGCAGACAGAGUCCACCCCACUGCUGCACAAUGGACAGACCUCUUCCUCACACCAACACCACCAUCAUCACACGCAACACAACCAGCCUCGGCAGGGUCAACACUCACACGCGCUAAGCCACGUCUCCCCGGAGCCACCCUCCUCCUCCUCCUCGUCUGCGGACUCACCCCAAACCAGUCUACGACGGUCGCAACCCAUGCACAUCCUCGCUGUCAGGAGGCUGCAGGAGGAGGAGCAGCAGCUAAGGACAUCGUCUCUCCCGGCCAUUCCCAACCCCUUUCCCGAGCUCUGCAGUCCGGCGAGCUCUCCUGUCCUUAGUCCCGGGUCUCUACCACCUGGAGAACCCUCCUCUGGCAUAUAUAUUGUGAAGAUCUUCAGUGAAGACGGUAUGGGUAAAGUUGUGGAGAUCCCAGCCGACAUGACAGCCAGGGACCUGUGCCAGCUUCUGGUUUAUAAAAGCCAUUGUUUGGACGACAACAGUUGGGCACUUGUUGAACACCACCCGCUGCUAGGGCUAGAGCGCUGUCUAGAAGACCAUGAGCUGGUGGUUCAGGUCCAGGCCUCCAUGAGCAGCGACAGCAGAUUCCUCUUCAGGAAGAACUAUGCCAAAUAUGAAUUCUUCAGAAACCCGCUGUCAUUUUUCCCGGAGCAAAUGGUCGCGUGGUGCCAGGAAACCAAUCGUACAAUUCCACCGUCUCAGCUCCUUCAGAACUUCCUAGCAACUAGUAGCUGUCCAGAGAUUCAGGGUUAUCUGUAUGUGAAGGAGGUGGGCAGGAAGUCAUGGAAGAAAGUUUACAUGUUCCUGCGGCGCUCAGGACUCUACUGCUCUACAAAAGGAACUUCAAAGGAGCCUAGACAUCUACAGUUUCUAGCAGACCUUGAAGACAGCAACAUCUUCACUGUCAUCACAGGCAAGAAGCAGCACGGUGCACCCACAGACUUCGGGUUCUGCAUCAAGCCCAACAAAUGUCGAGGGGAGCUGAAGGAGUUGAGGAUGCUGUGUGCAGAGGAUGAGCAGGGCAGGACCUGUUGGAUGACUGCCUUCCGGCUCUUUAAGUACGGGAUCGUGUUGUACCAGAAUUAUAAGAUUCCCCAACAGAGGAAAACCUUGCUUUCACACUUCUCAGCACCUGUGCGGAGUGUAUCGGAGAACUCCCUUGUGGCAAUGGAUUUCUCAGGGAGGAUAGGCAGGGUGAUUGACAACCCUGUAGAAGCUCAGAGCGCCGCCAUGGAGGAGGGACAUGCAUGGAGGAAGAGGAGUCAACGAAUGAACAUAAUCGGCUCCCACAGUCCACUACACCACUCCUCGCUAAGCUCAGUCAUCCACAUAGCUCAGUUGUGGUACCACGGCAGGAUAACCAGAGAAGAAUCCCAUCGCAUUAUCCACCAACAGGGACAAGUGGAUGGGUUGUUUCUGCUGAGAGUCAGUCAGAGUAACCCCAAGGCGUUCGUGCUUACAUUGUGCCAUCACCAGAAAAUCAAACAUUUCCAGAUACUACCGUGUGAAGAGGACGGCCAAGCCUUUUUCAGCCUUGACGACGGCGCCACCAAAUUCACCGACCUGAUUCAGCUGGUGGAGUUCUACCAGCUCAACAGAGGAGUGCUGCCUUGUAAACUCAAACACCCGUGCACCGUCGUGGCCUUAUGACACCUUCGGAUUAUCUGACUCCAUGACCUCCUAUCACUUGACGUGACUCUGCCUGAAACAAAACAACAAGAAUCUUUCUGUUCGUUGGUUCUUUUUUUGUUUUUACCUUCACAAGAAGCUGGUGAAUUGACUGAUUUCGUUGUUUAUAUUGUCGUGAGUCUGCCGGAGACUGCUGACUUGUUGGAUUCCUUUUGCAUGGAUGUUUGAGGAGCCGGAUGCACAAGUUGCUUGUGAGGCUCCUAGGUCAAGAAGAGAGAAGAAACAGGAAAUGAACACUGCCGUUUGUGUCAAUGCUGUCGCAAAAUCUUCCACAAUCUUGCUACCCAUAGUCAUCAAUAAGCUUGGACACAGUGACCCUCAUAUCACACAGCUCGGUUUUAGUCUGUGUUUCCCUUCAACUGGACAAUCAGCAGGACAGUUCAAACUCUCGUGUGGACCACUCCGCUCUCUGAGAACAAACUGUAGUCUCGUUCAAACUUCCUCACACGUCCUCAAAGAAUAUACUGUAGAUGGAGAGUUGAUUGUCUUAGUUUUGCACUCAUCGAACUGGGAGUGGCCUUUGACGGUGCAUGACUUCUCAGCUGUCUUAACUUUGAGAUGGUGCCACCGCCCCCUAGUGUCAUAGGCAUUCAAGGACAUGUCAAAAUUCAACAUGGAUGGGAUUUGGAGGUGCCAGAAAGAGUGUUGCUUUUAAAUCCUCUUUGAGGUUUUGAAACAUCAGAUGAAAAUGGCUACAGGAAAGUCUGGAACUGUUGGAAAAAAAAGUAUUUUUUAAAUAGGGGACAAAACAAAUUUUGAAUUGUUCACCAUCCCAGAAAUUUAUUUGCUCAUAUCUCACCAGGCAGGGUUUCUUUUCUUGAGACAUUGCAGUUAUGUAUUAUUAUUAAUAGUCUCUUUGAUAAUAUAUUUUUUUAAAGCCCACCUUUUGCAACUCUUCAUUAUUCACAUAUGCUACAAUAAGGUCAUUCUGUACUUGUUAUCCUAUUGCAUGCUCCAUUUCCCCAAAGCGUGUCCCCGGCAACUUCCACAAAAUCGAAUAAGCAUUUGAACAAACCAUGGUGUCAUUCAGGGUGAAAUAACAAAUAAUAUAGCUAGAUGAAUUUUGUAAUCAGGUAUACAGUUUUGGUGAUUACAAAGUUAAAAGGGGAGGCAAAGGCAUGGUGGAAGCUGUGGGACAAUGAGGAGUACCCGUCUUUGUUAGGUUCUUGUUACCACAGCACAGGGAAGGAUAACCACUAGCAUUUCCUUCAGGUUUUCUUCAAAUGAUAGCAAAUCAAAGGAACUUUAAAAAUUGUCAUUUUUGUCAAGCAAAAUUAGAUCACCCCCAGAGAUACAGUGGGUCAUGUGGUAAAUGUUUAUCCUGCAUGGGUCUGUACCCUCUCUUCAUAUAUUGUUCCACAAAAGGCCUCCUGUAUUUGAUGGAAGUCAGUGAUAUUCUGUCAGACAUAAAUCUGGCUAUACCAGCAUGGUUUAGUGUGCUCUAGUAGACUCAGUGCAUUACAUUCCAUAUAAUGCGGCCUUUUUCUGCCUGGAAGUACUUGUGAGCGAGCAGUUCGCCUGCUGCCCACUGCACCUCUUGAUAAAUUCAGGCAGACUUUCUAUCAAAAGUUAGCUGUUGCUACAGUAUAUGUAAAGGUAAAUAUAUAAAGAGGGAAGAGUAUUGAAAUGAUCUCCAUCUCUUCCUCUUCCCAGCUUGUCUCACCCAGUCUCAUCAUACUUUCUUUUGCCUGCUGUUGGACAAAGUGAAAAUGUUAGUGGUGUGGCAGCAACGUAAAACUUUUAGGACUCGGAUCUCUGACUGCAAAAGUACUACAGUGCCCACUUAUCUUAACUUGUGCUGUCUUUUUGAUUGGCGAUAAUGAGAGCAUCAGACCAAAAACAGGGGAUGUAAAACUGAGUAAGUUUGAGGUCACUGAGUACCCCUACAUUUUGUACCUGACAGUGCAAAUUCAGCACAAAUCAACUGUUUUCCUAAUGCCAACCAUAGUCAGUAAAAAAAAAAAGCCUGAAAAAAUUAAAUGGAAUACCCUUUAUGUUCUGGCUAAGUCUACCACGAUUUCAGCACUGUGUCUCUAGAUUCUAGAUCUAGAUACCUGCAUCAAAUUUCAAUUUGUAUUGAUAGGGAUACUGUUUUUAGCACCCAUUGAUCAGGUCUGGCAGAAUGGAACAACGCGCAUGAAGGGCAAAACACAGCCAUGCCCCAAGUUAUUCAAAGCAUUUCUGAUGAUAUUCAGGGUAAAUUCCCCAUUUGUUCCACAAAUAGCUUAAUUUUUUUGUUAUUCCGUGAUGAAAUUUCUAAAACGUCUCUCUCUAAAGUUUUAUUUAGUCCAAGCUUCAGUUGUAGCUCUGUUUACGUCACCAGCCAGCAGACAAUUGGGUUCUGUUUGUACUUACCUGUUAUGCAGCAUCAAUAGCCAUGAUUUAUUUACCUGCAGGCUAUCUUAAAUUUAUUAUCUGAGAUGCAGAAUAGCCACACCAUAUUGACUCUCUGUGCAUGGUCACUAUUAUUUAUCGAAAAUGCAAUGACUUAAUCAUUUUUUUAAAAAGUAUUGUUGCAGCAAAAUGUAUUUAUUUAUCUGGAUGUGACUGAUUACUUGAAAAUUUUAGAUUUCUUUUUCUCAGCGCUGUUCUGUACUAUUUUCUAUUGUCAUUACCAUGAAAUGAUUGACCAGUGUGAUUUAUUAUUAUAAUUACUAUUGUUGUAAUGACAUAGCAUUUAUUGUUUUGUUUUAAUUUUAUUUUAUUCAAAAUCAGUUUUAGUCAUUAUCAACAAUUGUUAUGAGGCGAUGUCUCAAAGCACACUGGCAUUCAUGGUGUUAAUGUUGUCAUUCCAGUAGAUGACAGGUGGAAUGUUGAGAAAUUGAAAACUAAGUUUCCCAAAGCAUUCGUCAUGGUUUUUUUUUUGCCAGUUUAAUUACUGUUCUCAUUUCUCCCACAACUAUAAAAAUAUCUUCUGUUAAGAUUUCCAACCCUUUUAUGUUGAAAAGACACUUAACUAGCAAAAAAAUAAAUAAAUGAAUAAAUAAAUAAGAAGAAUUCAAGUAAUAAAGCCACAAAUGUUUUGGGAAACUGGGUCAAGUAAGUUACAACAUUCUCAUAAUUCACCGUUUAAACACUUUGCCUUGAAGAAAUAAUUUUAGAAAUUUUAAUGUAGGAAAAAAAACCCUAAUAUUCAAGUAAAACCUGGAUUUUUUUAAUGCUUAGAUUAGAUAUAAUUAAAGAAAUGCAUUACAGAAACCCACCAACUCCCCUUGCACACACACACGCACACACACAGACACAGUCACAUUUUAAAAUACCCCUAAAACUGCAAUGAACAGGGAUGUGAUAAUCCUGUGUAAUUUAAACACCAGAGCAACAUUGUUCGAUGGUUUAUGGCAUUGACCUCCGUUCAUCAGAAUGAAGAGCUUAACUCAGUAUGUACAUUUUUAUCAGUUGCUUGAAUGUGGAUUUUAUUCUGUAGAUAUUCUGUCUGAUAUGCUACAUUAAGAGGAAUCUGGAUUAUCACAAAACACAUUUUUUUGUAGUUGCUGAAAGUCAUCUUAAGCUAUUGAGACGUCACUGAAAUAAUGAUGCUAGCUGUUUGUUAAUCCUAAUCUCACCCCUCUCAGUUCCAACUCUGCACUCAUCCUCAAAGUCCCAAUAUUAUGAGUUUUUUUCUUCUUGAUGUGAAUGGUAGCAGAUGUCAACAUGUGAGGGGCAGGUAGCCUUUAAGAUGGAGGGAGUGUUUGCAUUUAAAAAAAUGGUCUUAUUCACUUACCCUAACUGCAUGAAGUCAGAAAGUAAAUCCAAGUAGCGAAUGCAUGAAAACUCAAUCAGGGGAUAUCCGCAUUUUUUACACUUAACAGAAAUGAAUGUAACUGGUUGCUCAGGGUUGACUUGGAGCUUGUUAACUACUGGUCCAUCAGCUCUCUCUGGUUUUGUACAAGAUGAUGAUGGAUUCAUAAAUAUUUUAGUUUCGUUAAGAUUUGUUAGACUUUUCUCCAUUAUGUGCAGCACCAAUCUGCUAGUUGUGAUUACUUGAAACAUAUUCUUGCAGCAAAAUGGAUUAGAAAGUUCUAUUUUAAAUUAAGUGUUGUUCAUCCUAUUGUGCGUAAAAAAGAAAAUCGAAAUUACUUGCGUGGCUACCUGAGCUGAUUCUCCUUGGCAACAACAGGUGACCAAUUCAUAAAACAUUCUUAAUUUUUAUGCCAUCAAGCAAUUAAUUAGAAACUGUAAUCUGAUUUAUUUCAUCAUAUUAGACACUCAAACAUGUAAACAAAAUAAGCCACAGUGGAGCACAGUGUCACAUUUGGUUGCCUGGUAACCUGUAACCACAGAUGGUGCCUCUGAUGACUUUGCUGUUUCUGCACAAACCAGACCCCUAACAUGUGGACCAAAUGGCAGACAAAGCUACUGUUAAGAGGGGACCGUUCACACUCAGAAACCAACCAAUCAGUUUUAAUAAGUACUCAGUGAAUACAGUUCAAAAACAGAAAACAGCACUCUGAAUGAUUCUGGCGAGAGGUGAUUGGGAAUGAAUGCUUGUAUUCUUCAGUUGCAGUUUACUUUUGGACUUGAAAGUGUCCCAGAUUCCUGCAAAGAUGGAUUGAUUGAUUAUCAUCUUGACUCAUGCAUUUUCAUAUCACAAUGCAAGAUACCGUGGCUGUACAAAUGAGUAAAGUAAAAAAAAAAAAAAAAUCUAUAUAUAAAAAUAUAAACUAUUAUGUAUUUCAGGGAAUGCAAAAACGAAAACAGUAACUUAUCUCUUUUUUUUUUAAAAGAGAGAGCUCCUGUAUUCAAAAUGUGCUUUGCUUCAAUCUGUAAAUAGUUGAAUGGCUUAUAAAAUCUUAAUUGUAACCUUUUCAGGUAUUUUUGUACAAAUAAGGGACUGAUAUAUUCUGUUUAUUGUAAUUAGAAUAAAACAUUAAUACAUUGAUAUAUAAA